CAUCCGAACUGGUUUGCCGGGAUUUUAGUUCGUCACUCUGUAAUUCAAGGACAAGGCCGUUUGAAAGUAAUCGUAUCCGACAGAGACAUAAUCAAUGCGGUUGAGAAAUCUUUGUCGGUGAACCGUGUUAUUAUGAGACUUUCAUAUUCUAGUUAGAUUGCCGACGUCUGAGGUGUUUGUACGAGCCGCACUCUUGUUGAAUCUCCAUAAAAUGUCUUACAUCGGUCGCGUUAUCGUUUACGGUGGCAGGGGGGCACUCGGUGCUAAAUGUGUGUCCCACUUCAAAGCCAACAACUACUGGGUUGGAUCAAUUGAUCUGGGAGAGAAUGCCGAGGCUGACUUGAAUAUUGUUGUAAACAAAGAUCAGCCACUUACUCAACAGGAAACGACAAUCCUUGACUCGGUCAAAACAGCCCUCAAUGGAUCCAAGCUCGAUGGCAUAUUUUGUGUAGCCGGAGGUUGGGCUGGAGGCAACGCCAGCAAAGACUUGAUAAAGAACUCCGAACUGAUGUGGAACCAAAGUGUGACCACGUCCUUACUGUCCGCCACGAUUGCGGCACACCAUCUCAAGGAUGGUGGAGUUUUACAGCUCACUGGUGCCAAAGCCGCUCUUGAGGGUACACCAGGAAUGAUUGGCUAUGGACUGGCCAAAAGUGCCGUCCAUCACUUGACCAAGUCGUUGGCGUCGGACAACAGCGGCCUGCCUCCAAACUCUACCGUUCUUGCCAUCUUGCCAGUUACCUUGGACACUCCGAUGAACAGGAAGUGGAUGCCGAAGGCUGAUUUUACCACAUGGACUCCCUUGGAAUUUCUUGCCGACUUGUUCGUUAAAUGGGCCAAAGGUGGUGACAAGCCCAAGAGCGGAAGCCUUCUGCAGAUCAUUACAACAAACAGCCAGACCGAUGUUAUCCCAGCUUAAUUCAUUCAAAAUUAAAAAUUGUGAAAAUUAUGGACCAAAGGGUGUGUUGAGUUCUUUAAUUUAAAGUUGUAUUUAAUAUAUUAUUGUUUUUAUCUAAGUUUUGUAUAAUAAAUGUUCAGCAUAUUAAUAA